AUGCAACUUGGGUACAGUCAUAUCAAGGUUGGCCCAAGAUACCGUGCCCAGCCGACCAAUAUAUCGGUGUGGGAUACGUUGGAGCAGCGACUACGUGGAAGUGCGGUGGGACAUUGGCGUCACUGGGCCGAAAUUACGGGUUCUGUAAGGAACAAGAUUGGCAACUGUCGUUAUUCUACCCAAGUUUUGCGAUGGCUAUCUAUGAGCCUCAGAGGUGAGUCGUGA